UCUCCGUUCCGACCACAGGCUUCGCCAUCAUCCUCCGCGUGCUGCGUGCAGGUCACCGGAAACCAAACUCACAGAAGCUUCUCCGGGCGGGCCGGUGUAUCGGUGAUCCAUGUUCAAAAGCAAAACCUUUUCAGUUCUGAGCCCGUCACUUCACGCAGAUCACAGGCAGCCGUAGGCACGACAGCAACUCGCAACAAACACAAGGCCACAUCCCCUCUCCAUCUUGAACAAAAGGAAUUCACCAAACCACAAACACGCAGACAAAACUGCGACGUCCCGGCUCGAAGCGGAGGGCUCUGUGUCCCACCUCCUAGCCACGCGUACCUGCCGCUGCUGGGCGGCUGACCACGCCGCCCGUGGCCAACUUGGUAGCAACGCCUUAAAGCGUACGUGACAGCUGCGCCAUCUCUGCUCAUCUCAGCGACAAGCUUCCUCUGCUUCAGAUGACUUCGGCAACGGGCUCUCCGCUUGCAUCGCGAGUUUUCGCCGUCGCGGUGGCGAUGGUAGUGUUUGCGGUAGCGUUGCCGGCGGCGGCCUUCCCGGCCGGUUUGCCGCCUGGGGCGCCGGCGUUCCCGAACCCCUGGGCGGCGUUCCAGAACCUCUCCGGCUGCCACAUGGGCGAGGAGCGGCAGGGCCUGGCGGGGCUCAAGGACUACCUCAGCCACUUCGGCUACCUCCCGCCACCGCCGUCGUCGUCCCCGUUCACCGACGCGUUCGACGAGGAUUUAGAGGCGGCCAUCGCGACGUACCAGCGCAACUUCGGGCUCAACGCCACCGGCGCGCUGGACGCGUCCACCGUGGCGCAGAUGGUAUCCCCGCGCUGCGGCGUGGCCGACGUCAUCAACGGGACGUCCACCAUGGCGAGGAACUCGUCGGCAGCGGGCGCCCACGGCAGGCACCUCUACGCCUACUUCCCCGGCGGGCCGAGGUGGCCGCCGUUCCGGCGGGACCUCAAGUACGCGAUCACCGCGACCUCGGCGACGUCCAUCGACCGGUCCACGCUGAGCGACGUGUUCGCGCGCGCCUUCGCCCAGUGGGCCGCGGCCACGAACCUGCGGUUCGCGGAGACGGCGUCGGAGUCCGACGCCGACAUCACGAUCGGGUUCUACACCGGCUCGCACGGCGACGGCGAGCCGUUCGACGGGCCCCUGGGCACGCUCGCGCACGCCUUCUCCCCGACGGACGGGAGGUUCCACCUGGACGCCGCCGAGGCGUGGGUGGCCGGCGGCGACGUGUCGCGCGCGUCCUCGCCGGGGGUGGUGGACCUGGAGUCCGUGGCGGUGCACGAGAUCGGGCACCUCCUGGGCCUCGGCCACUCAUCGGUGCCGGAGGCCAUCAUGUACCCGACGAUCCGGACGGGGACGAGGAAGGUGGAGCUGGAGGCCGACGACGUGCAGGGGAUACAGAGCCUGUACGGGAGCAACCCCAACUACAGGGGCGUCACGCCGACGUCGCCGGCGACGAGCAGCCGCGAGAUGGACAGCGGCGCCGGCGCGGGGCUCCGGCCGGAUGCCGUUUUCGUUGGAGUGGUUGCGGCAGUUGGCCUGCUCCUUGCGCCGUAGACCUCUAGUCCUUGUCAUUUUUGCAGCCGUGCCGCCACGUCCCCUCGUGGCGUGGAUUUCUUGCUCGAUUAGUUGAUUCUUGGGUAGAUUCUUGUGUACAUAAUAACUGUGAUUAUUACAGAAUAAUACGACCAUAGUAGAUAUUAUAUUUUCGUUUUCUUA